ACUCRCUGAGCGCAGAUCCAAAGASUUUUCAGUGCAACAUGCGUUGGUAUAUUUUGUUGGAGCUCGUUUGUCUCUCAGUUUUGAUUCUCACCGAGGAGUCGGAAGGCUGGUGGGGCGGCAGGCGUCGUACAUCUGUAUCACGAGUAACGUGCCCACGCAAAUCAUGCAAGCAUGGAGGAACGAAGUACURCAAAUCUCGAGGAGUGUCUGCUUGCAGAUGUCCUUCAGGAUUUUCUGGAUCGGUCUGCCAGUAUGGAUGUGCUCGCAAGACAUGCUACAAUGGUGGGACAAGAUACUGUAAGAAGGGMGGCUGGUUGUCAUGGGGAAGGAAUGUUGCGAAGUGCAGAUGUACACGUGGUUGGAAAGGUCAUGACUGUCGAAUAGGACUCUAUAAAAAGAUUUGCUUUGAAAGAUAUGGCUGCUUUAGCAACCGUCCUCCAUUUAACCGUAAAUGGGUUCCAUUGCCAAAAUCCGGCAAAACCACAUUCACAUUGUUCACGAAGAAGUCCUCGAAAUCAGGUACCCCUAUCAACGAUCGUGACGGACAGCUUCUUCGUAAUAAAAGCAGCUACGAUAGUUCAAAACAAACGAUCAUUAUCAUUCAUGGAUGGCAUGAAACUGUAAAUUCUACCUGGAUUACCGAAAUGACCAAAAAACUCAGGAAAAAAGAUGUGAAUGUCAUUGUUGUUGGCUGGAAUUCGUACAUAUCGUUUUCCGUCAAAGGAUACCUUCAAAGUGUUGCAAACACACGCUUGGCUGGAUCAAUGGUGGCAGAACUAAUUAAGUUUAUCAAUAAACAAAUGGGCAACACGCCUGCCUCUUUUCAUCUCAUUGGGUUCAGUUUAGGCGCUCAUGUUGCUGGUUAUGUUGGAAAAAGGCUUAAAAACGUCGCACGCAUCACAGGUCUUGAUCCAGCAGGCCCACGGUUUCAAGGCUUUCAUACUGACGUAAAACUGGAUUCCUCUGAUGCUGCCUUUGUUGACGUCAUCCAUACUGAUUCAGGCCACACAUUCAACCACUUAAAACUGAUUUCAUCCCUUUGGAAUCUUGGCACAACUGACAAAAGCGGACAUCUCGAUUUUUGGCCCAACGGUGGAAACAACCAGCCAGGAUGCCCCKGGGAUUUUGAUGACCGUUGUAGUCAUUUCCGGGCACAAGACCUAUACAUUGAAAGCAUCACAUCCCAGUGUGCAUUUCGGUCCUAUCGUUGUUCAAGUUGGGACCGGUUUAAACGUGGCAGCUGCAUGAAUUGUGCAAGAAAUAGUUGUCCAGAAAUGGGACACAAUGCCUACAAGUACAAAGGAUUGGCCAGUGGGAAUUUCUAUCUCUACACAAACAAACGAAAACCGUUUUGUAAGGUAUCGCCCCAUGACAGGGAAUUCGGAGCCGACAUUUUGUCUCUGGAAUUAAUCUGGUAUCCAGACAUUUGGAAUCCGGAAUCUGAGCAAUGGAAACGGAUCCCAAAUAAAGCAAGAUUUAUUUGGAAUCCAAAUUAG